AUGAGGUUUGUUUGUUGGCUUUUCAGUCCUGGCGCAGGCCAACCAGCUGUGGUCCAGCAGGUGCAGGUGGUGCCCCCCAAGGCCGAGCAGCAGCAGGUGGUGCAGAUCCCCCAGCAGGCUCUGCGGGUGGUGCAAGCAGCAUCCGCCACCCUCCCCACCGUCCCCCAGAAGCCCUCCCAGAACUUUCAAAUCCAGGCGGCUGAGACGACGCCUACUCAGGUCUAUAUCCGCACAUCUUCUGGUGAGGUGCAGACGGUCCUUGUCCAGGACGGCCCUCCAGCAACAGCUGUAGCCACCUCCACCACCACCUGUAGCAGCCCUGCAUCCCGGGCUCCCCAUCUGAGUGGGACCAGCAAAAAGCACUCGGCCACAAUUCUUCGAAAAGAGCGUCCACUGCCAAAGAUUGCCCCUGCUGGAAGCAUCAUCAGUCUCAAUGCAGCCCAGUUGGCGGCAGCUGCCCAGGCAAUGCAGACCAUCAACAUCAAUGGCGUCCAGGUCCAGGGUGUGCCCGUCACCAUCACCAACACUGGCGGGCAGCAGCAGCUGACGGUGCAGAAUGUUUCUGGGAACAACCUGACCAUCAGCGGGCUAAGCCCCACCCAGAUCCAGCUGCAGAUGGAGCAGGCUUUGGCUGGAGAGACCCAGCCCGGGGAGAAGCGGCGCCGCAUGGCCUGCACGUGUCCCAACUGCAAGGACGGGGAGAAGAGGUCUGGAGAGCAGGGCAAGAAGAAGCACGUGUGCCACAUCCCCGACUGUGGCAAGACUUUCCGCAAGACGUCCUUGCUGCGGGCCCACGUGCGCCUGCACACCGGCGAACGGCCCUUUGUCUGCAACUGGUUCUUCUGCGGGAAGAGGUUCACACGGAGCGACGAGCUCCAGCGGCAUGCUCGCACCCACACAGGGGACAAACGCUUCGAGUGUGCCCAAUGUCAGAAGCGCUUCAUGAGGAGUGACCACCUCACCAAGCAUUACAAGACCCACCUGGUCACGAAGAACUUGUAAGGCCAUCUGCGGCGGAAGGCCCCGAAGAUGCAAUUCCCAUCUGUGCCCUGCCUGGGCCCCUGGCAGAAAGGAGCCCCACGGCUGCUCAGUGCCCACCCUCAGCCCCCUCCUGGCCUGUGACUGUGUCCCCACAGGAAAGGGCGCUGCUCCUGUACUGUCCUCCUUCUGAAGCCCCGUGGCUCCACCUGGCCCUUCCCUUCCCACCACGAGCUCCUGGCCUGCCCUGACCAUGGACACUUGCCGUGCCCAAUGAGACGUUCUAAACCAGGACGCCUGGGAACCCUUAUUUCCAAAGGAAAACAUACAUUUCACUCCGUCGAGGAGCAAAGUGAGCCCCACACUCCCUACCCCCAACACUGCCGGAGUUGCAUUGUGCCAUGCCCCCGUCCCCAGCACCUCCCUGGCCCCGCCGGCCACUGUGGACGCCCAGGGCCCUACACCCAGGGCUCCCUCUGGCACCCACCUCUGGAGAAGGCAGGAGGCCACCUCCACUCCAUGCACCCCAGCCCUGCCACACUCUCCUCCAGCACAUUCCAACUUUCUAUUUAAAAAGUAAUGAGUGAUACCCACGGACUCCUCCCGAUUCCCUCUUUUUCUAUGGAGAACGUUGCCUUAUACUCUCUACUUCAGAUGAUGAACACUGUGUACUGUGUGUGCUUUAAAGAGGUUUUAUUUAAUUGCUCCCUUCUUCCUUUCCUUGUUACUCACCUCCCCCAUGCCUGCUUUCAGUUCAGGGUUCUGGGGGCGAUGAUGAGCAUAUGAAUUUUUCUGUCACUCUAGUCGUUCUCUUUUCUAAAUGCCACAGCAUUUCAACUCAUAUCUGUAUUCAGAUAUAAACACCUUCAUGUCCUGAACCCCCUCUCUGUCCCCUUCAUCUCACCCACCCAGCCCAAGCUCUACUUGUGUACAGUGUAUAUUGUAUAAUAGACAAUUGUGUCUACUACAUGUUUAAAAAAACAUAUUGCUUGUUAUUUUUAAGGCUUUUAAAUUAAACAAAAAUCCAACUUUAUUUUUAGUUGUAACUGCUUGAGGUAUGUUUUAUGAAUUAAGUGACAGAUUUGUUAUCCUUUAUUAACAGUGUACUUUGUUGGUCAGUGCUGGGCUGACAAAAAUUUUUUUCUUGCUAAUAAAUUUAGUUGCCUGAGGCAAAAUCUGCAA